UUCUGUUCCGUCCCACCAAUGGUCGUUUAAUUUCGCCUUCUAAUCAACUAUUUUCAGGGGCGCGCGCUGUCGCGAGGCUGCGUCUGACAGAUGGUCUGGCCAUUUCCUACUCAUUCCAAUAUGCUAGUGAGUGCUCCGUGCCCUUCGCCAGGGGCCCGAGGGGGUUCCGGGGUGCGCAGGCGCUGUACUUUUUACUAGUGUGGUAGUGUCUCAGAUGUUCAUCCUACUACUGUCUUGCUCUUGGACAGUCUUCCUUCCUGCCUUCGUGCCUGCCUGCGGAACCAUGGCCUUUGGAUCUUGUCCUCAGCACUAACAGCAAACCACAUUGGAUGGUGGUACAUCGCUACUACACGACCAUUACCGAUACCCCAUAGUAGCGAUACGGUCACCUCAUUAUCUUGCAGCAAGGAGACUUCCAAUUCUGUCUGGUUCAGUGUUUCCUCACGAGAUUUGAACGACGCGGCCGCACCGCAACCGCUUCGCGAGAGAGCGCAGAGGUUGUCUCGGACGACAAGUCGCGACGAGCGGACGAGUCUUGCGACGCGAAAAGUCCAGAGAUUUGCAAAUCUGAAGCCGAUAGCGCUUGACAUAACCGUGCCGACAUCGCGGCCGCGCCUCGAAAUAUAUACCCUUGCCUUACACUCUAUUCGCAUCUCGAGCGACUUCGAUGCCUCCGCGAGUGUCGCUCCUGCGAAUCCUCCUCAUCCCGCCGACGGUCUGGCUCGCGCUGGUCGCGCUGUGGAUCUUUCUCCCUGUGAACCCGGUCGAGUGGAAUGAUGAUCCUUCGCAAUAUCUCUGGGAUGGGGGCGUGGUGACGAGGGUGUAUAACUUCGCCGACUUCUUCCCCUUAAAUGACCCUUUGCCCUCUGUGCAAGAAGCCCGCAACACCCGACGCACUUCCUUCGCCGUCGACUACCACUACUGUUCUCUCACAGGAGAGUUGACAAUCAGCGGUAAUGGCGCCGGCGCCGGUGUAUCAAAAUGCCAGUCUGCAUCCCGCCACUGUUCAGGUAGCCGGACGUUACAGAGCUCAGACGACGAAUCUCAGUCACAAACGCAAACCGGACCGACAUCAAGACCAGAACGAACGAAUUCGAGCCACCACCUCCAUAGCGAUAGUCACAUCUACAACAUCUCUGCGCUCCUCUAUUCGUCGACCUUACCGCACGUCUCUGCCCCGUUCAUUUUGCAUGCCAAAGCCGGUGAUCCGGUGGAUGAGACAGCAGACGAAGGGUUCAGUAUCAUGCUACCUUCGUUUCCGGAGGCCGAUGCAACGCUGUUGUCUUGGGAGAUUUAUCGGGAAGUGGCCGAGUUGCCGUUGAGAAUGAGGGCUGUCGAUGAGAGUACUGUGCAGAUCUGGCCUGAUUCCAAGUACUGGGAUGCAGACCGAGCCAAAGGCCUUCGCAACCCCGGCGACACACCUCAGAAAUUCCCACCCUUGCUAUCCAUCAAGUUCAAUACGACAAAGCUCAAAUCGCCACCCACGACCGUCGUCGACACCCAUCUCCCGUUCCGAAUUCAAUUUCCCAACCCCGGAUCCGAGCCCAAUUCAUCACCUUCCCAGACCUUUGUCAUCCGUCGCACCAUCUGCUCCCUCGUCGUUCCCGUCACGUUGUACCUCGACCAAUUUUUCGAUGUCUUCAUCUACGCAAGUAUCACGCUACUAAUCCAAAUUGCGCGCCUGAGCCUUGUUACCCUCGCCAUCUAUUUCUGCAUCGUGCUUGCGUGCUGGAAAUCCAAGGGGUCGCCACCGUUUACUCAGUUCGUCAGGACGUUUUGGUUGACCAAGGUCCCUGUGGCGUGUCUCUCGGCAUUCAGUGUUUGGUGCGGACUGUCUCGUACUCGAGAUCCAGAAGCGUGUUAUGGUGACGACGAGUAUAUUCGUGAUGAGAAGGAGAAGUACCUCUACCAUCAGAAUGAUGAUCCUGAAGGUCAAGCUACCGGGGGACAUCGGCCUUUGACUGGUGUGAGGGACUUUUUCCUCAGUCGAUCGCCACUGGACGAUCUGUUGGUUACGUUUGAGGCGACGAGAGGGCUCGUCAGGCCUUGGUCCGAUAGAAGCAGAAACCAGAAUUGGAACUUGGAUGGGCAUUCGGCUUGGAACGGAAUCAAAGUUCGCUUUUGGGCGGUGGUGAGACGCGCAAAUGUGGCGGUUGGUUGUGAAGAAGAUGACCGGACGGAGCACACCUGGCGUCGGGACUGGGAUUCACGAGACAACGAGGGUUGGAACCAGCCGCGGAAACGGGAGCAGGAUGAGGAGCGACGUAUGCUUCAUUCUCAGGCACUGUCCCGCUCACGCUCGCGGUCUCAGCCGUCGCCUCAGUCUCGACCUCGACCUCAGACAAAGUCGCAGUCGCAGACUCCGUCAAGAUCUCAGGUUCGGCUUUUUGGUGAAGCCAGUACCACCAGCGAUGGAUUGGAUAAGAGUACCUAGUUGCUGUCUUCUAGUUUUUUGAUUCAUUAUGGAAACGAAUAACAGCGAUUUUUGGGACUCAUUAAAUCUUUGUAUCUGGUCCAGCACGGCUUCAGUUAAUCGCUGGCGGACUGGAGAAGCUAUAUAUUUAUAAAGACAAUUGCAGUACCACCUUAAUGUAAAUGCAGUAUGCCCUACCGUUGCUAUGAUGCUACAGUACCAGCAGAACUCUGGGG